GCGUGCAAGUGGACUAUAGCCUGCGUUGUCACCUUUACAGUGUUCAUCCGGAGUGACGGCAACCCCUGAGGAGUCCCUGAGCCAAGACAACUCAGGCCAUGUGCUGGUGCUUUAUAAGACGAACAUAUUUCCAGUCUUCGAGACAACUUUUCCCACUGUCGAAUACCCAAUCAACUCAUUCGAACCAACAUCAAUCACUCUUUUUAGUCUUCUCAAGUUUCCAGUACCCAAAAUGAAGUUCUCAAUCGUCGCUGUUGUUCUUCCCCUCAUCGCGGGCACGAGCGCCGCCCCCUCAGUCGUUGAGCGCCAAUCCCCCGCCUGCGUGGCCUACAGCGCCAAAUUUCCCCACGAGCUUGUCUGGGGACAAUGGUUCCUUUGCUGCAACUACAACGGCCCUGAUACCACAACCUACCAGAACUGCUGUGACAGACAGGGUGCGGGAACUGGAAGCGGUUUCCCUGGAUGUGCUUAGAUUAAGAGCUCACGAAUUCGGUUCUUGUAAAUAAGACUCUCGCAAUGUCUGCGGGCUUUCACAACAAUCAACUCC